AUGAGAGACCUGUUUUGCCGUUAUCACUACCAGCCGUGCGAUAUAACCUUACGAAUACCUCGACCUCGGCGGAUUUGUCGUAGGACGUGCGAACAUCUUGACUAUGUUUUAUGCGUAAAGGAGAUGGCGUUUAUUAGGAACGCUGCCAAGACUGCCCCAAGAUUUGAUUACGACAUGAUAAACUGUUCAAUUUAUACUGCUGCAAACGGAGGUGACGCCCCUGAGUGCUACCUGUACCAGCCCCUACUAGGUUUGUAUACUGAAGGCAGCCUUGUAUUAUUUAAUCGUCUGUCAUUAGGGAGAAUAAGGUUCCAAAUGGGAUACUUCUUCUGAGGGCCUGAAAAUUUUGUAAAUAUUAGUAACUUUGAAUUUUUUUCAAGAACUGUGAUAGUUUUCUGGUGUUGUGGACGGGUGCAAUUUUCAAAUGACGUAAUACAAAAGAUUGAAAAGGCACUCAACAAUACACACACCAGAAAAUGAUAUUAGGCUGAUUUAGCAACAAAACGGGGACGUCAGUUGACGAAGAGGCCCGAAAAUCAAACAACUGGCUUGACCAGUGGCAGAGCGGCGACUUGGGCACCGGAAGUCGCGUUUAGUCCUUUCUGCGCGCUUUCUCAUCGUCAACUGGCGUCCCUGUUUUGUUGCUAAAUCAGUAGCUAAACUGUUCCUCCAAUGCUUGAAGUUAAGUUGGAGAUAUCUUUAAGACGGACACUUACCUCUGGUCCAAUCGGCGUUCACCCUUGAAACAGUUUUUUAUAUGCAUAGUCAUGUCGCCCUAGAAUGUUAACGUCAUACCAAGGGACGAAAACCGGCGUAGAACCAAUGGGGUAGAACUGAGUUCCAUAACUGUGUGAAACAGCCAAAGCCCGUCUAACCAAAAUUCAUCUUUUCAUUAAUUCCUUAUAGAUGAUGAUACCAAGAGCACAGGUUAGUCUUGACCUUGCUAGUAUAUUGUAGUCAAUUAUAUGAUAUUUAUUAAAGGAGCAAUCUCCCUUCUUGACUUUCCGCAGGCCCAAGAAAGACUUACAAAGUCGGCUGAUCAUUCUGAUAGAUAAUUAAGCUACUUCAUCCAGUGUGGCAGACCUUCAAUUCCCUGUUAAAACUACUGCCUGGGAGUUGGAUAAAAUAUAAUUUCCCCCAUGUAGAGAAACCCGAAAGACAGAAAUGUAAAGUCUAAUCACGUGUUUUCCACAGAUUGUUUUUACGAUAUCGGUGUUGGCUAUCGAGGUACUGUCAACACCACCCGGUCUGGCCGUACUUGUCAGCGUUGGGCCUCACAAUGUCCCCAUCGUCACUGGCGGAUCCCUCAAGAUGUAGUUGAUGGCCAAAAUGACUCCAACAUGUGUCGCAUCCCAGAGGGAAGUGCCCCGGAUGGACCUUGGUGUUAUACCACUGACCCCAGAGUUCGAUGGGAAUACUGCAAUAUAUCAAAAUGUCCUCCAAGAGGUAGAAUCAGUGCCCAUCUAAAUAGCGCUGGACCUAUGUAGUUUAUAGAACGUAAAGUCAGAUUAAAAAAAUCCCGUAAGCAUUAGCGAAUUACUCACUUUGAUUGUCUUUUGUGACUAAAAUGUCAUGUUUAUCGGAUUUUUGUCAUCAAAGGACAAAAAUGACCAAAGUCAGGAUAACAUUGAAAAUAAGUCACACAGACGUCAUUUGUGGGCUGUGCUAUUUAGUACAUUUCAGACAUUUAGUUUGGACAAAAAAAAUGCACAACCACUAAUCUGGCCAAGAUAUUACAGUCGCCCAAACGCAAAUUAAUUCUUUAAAUUUUUUUUUUCCCGGAGCGGAAGGAGUGUGAAAUAUGUCGGGCGUACAUCUCCAAUAAAAAUUGCGUAACAUAUCAACGACCAUCUUGACAUGACAGAACUUGGUAAAGGCAGGUCGUUGAAAGCCAACUGAAAAAUAUCCACUAAUCAUAAACAAUGCAUGUACAUAAGUGAUAACGAUAACUCCUGGGAAUUUAAGCUGUGUUUGUCGCAUAAUAUAUUUUAUUUUUCCUUUUUACUAGCUCCAAAGAAUGCUCCUGGGUUGGUUAAAGGUUACCCUCUCAAUUCAUCUUCUGCAAACAUCUGGUGGGAAAGAAUCCCACCAAUCAGGGACAAGGAAAAACUGCUAGGCUACAGGAUAAGAUACAAUCCCCUUGGAUCCCACUCAUAUAAGGAAAUGAACGUCACAAGCAACGUCACAGAGGCUGUCAUUAAUAGACUUCCGUCAACCACUAGAUAUCAGAUCAAGGUAAAUGGAUUUAACAAAGUCGGCCACGGACCAACCAGCAAAGUUCUUGAAUUGAAAACGUUGACAGCUGGUAAGUUUUUUAAGCAAGUAAUCUAAAUAACGACAACGAUAAUGAUAAUGAUAAUG